CGACACUACACUUCCUUGUGCACGACCAUCUUUGCUGUAUUUUUACUGCAGUCAUGGCGUCUGAAGAGCUCAUGUUUGAUCCUAGUCUCAAAAAGAAGAAGAAGAAGGCUGUUGCGUUCACUGAGGAUCCCCUUGGUGCUGAUGCCGAUGAGUUGGAACCGACAAACGUACCUCCCAAGGACCUCGAUGAUGACGCGGCAAAUGAUGACGCAAAUAUGUUCGAAGGCAUGAAGAAAAAGAAGAAGAAGAAGGUGUCUUUGGAGGGGCUUGACGAACCAGCCGAGGAGGCCAACGGCGAUGAUAUGUUCGAGGGAAUGAAGAAAAAGAAGAAGAAGAAGGACAUACCAAUGGACCUUGAAGCUUCACCCGCGCCAGAAGACAUGGAGGCGGAACCCACCGCCAAUGGUGCGAACGGUGAGGAGGCUGUAGAUGCAGACCUGUUCGCCGGCAUGAAGAAGAAAAAGAAGAAGGCGAUUCCAGACGACUUGGGAGACAGCGAGCCUGCACCGGCCGCUGAUGGUGUUAACGGAGCUACUGCUGAGGACGACUUUGACUUCUCCGAUCUGAAGAAGAAAAAGAAGAAGGCAAAGAAAGCCCUGGAUAUGGAGGCAUUCGAGCGAGAGCUUGAGGAGGCCAAUACUGCUGAUCGGAAGUCGAAGAAGUCAAAAACUGAAGACGAGGAUGAGGAAGAAGGCGAGGAUGAUGAGGGAGAACUUGGAGAUGAUCCGUUCGCACGCGAUGGCGAACAUGAUACCGGUGAAGGUGACGAGAAGUGGUUGGGUACCGACAGGGAUUACACAUAUGAUGAGCUUCUUGAUCGCUUCUACCGCAUCCUUCGGCAAAACAACCCUGAGCUUGCUGGUGGCAAGCGUCGUCAUACCGUUCCUCCUCCUUCCGUUAUGCGUGAAGGCAACAAGAAGACAAUCUUUGCAAAUAUCGUCGACAUUGCGAAACGUAUCCAUCGUUCACCCGAUCACGUCAUCUCUUUCCUUUUCGCCGAACUGGGUACGACAGGCUCAGUUGACGGGAGCUCUCGAUUGGUUAUCAAGGGUCGCUUCCAGCAGAAGCAGCUCGAAAACGUGCUCAGGCGGUAUAUCGUCGAGUACGUCACUUGCAAGACCUGCAAGUCGCCAGAUACGCUCCUCGAGAAGGAGAACCGGAUCUUCUUCGUGCAGUGCGAGAGCUGUGGCUCACGUCGUUCAGUUAGUGCUGUCAAGACCGGCUUCCAGGCCCAAGUCGGGAAGCGCAGUAAGACGAAGGCUGCUACUUAGCUUGGGCAGUUGGGUUGGAGGGGGAGCACACUCUGCGAUGGUGUUGUGGCUUAAUGCAUUCCUUCAUUAUAUCUAUAUCGCUUUCGUUCCAAUUCACUUUUCUGACUGUCUAAUGCCAUCACUCGGAUGUCUUGACUCCGUGGCAAACUGAAGUCAACCAGCUCUUAUCGCCGCUAGUUCGAGUGUCUAGUAAGAUUGUCCCAGUCUGUCGCUACCCUUCGUCUUGUCCUUUCAC